AGAUUACUUAGACAGCCUCUAAAAAAGGCUCCUGCUUCACUCUCCACUCAGAGGUCGGUAGUCGAGGAAGACUUGCCGUGAAGAGUUCAGGCUCUCGUUUCGUGUCAUGAUGGCUUUUUGCCGAAUACUUCUCAUUUCAUCUGCAGUGGCUGUAGCCUCUGUAGCAGCACACAGUUCCCAGAGGACCAGAAGAGGUUUACUGGAGCUGGCAGGGGCCAUCAAAUGCAGCACAGGGAGAUCUGCCCUUGCCUAUAUGAUGUAUGGAUGCUACUGUGGACUGGGUGGUCAAGGAUGGCCCAGAGACCGAGCAGACUGGUGCUGCCACAGGCAUGACUGCUGUUACGGAGAUGCAGAACUCCUCGGCUGCCACACUAAAACAGCCCAGUAUCAUUGGACGUGUGAGGACAGGAAAGCUGAGUGUGAUGACUUGAAGGACAAAUGCGAGAAGAUGCUGUGUAAAUGCGACCGAGAGGCGGCUAAGUGUUUGAGAAAAGCCCCUUACAUCCAGAAAUAUGCUUUGUGGCCAGAUUUCAUGUGCGGCUCAGAGCACCCAAUGUGCAAUAUUUACUGACAUAAAUUCAAUUUUUACGUUUGAGUGCCUUUUUAAUAUUUUCUUCUUAAAAAAUGAUUAAAAUCAGGAACAUAUGUUUCCUAAAAAUAAAAGCUCAUUUCAUAAAAAAUUUAAUUUAACAUAAAAAGAAAUAUAUCAUAUUAAACAGAUUUUUAUUGUGUUUUCAUUAAAACAUACGUUCUAGUCAGACCUGCCUCAUAGUUUUAAGCUGACAAAUUCAUUUGCUGUGUUACAUGUUUUCUUCAACAACCUAUGGAAUAGGGUCAGGAUUUUUGCCAAGAAAAUUGUGAUUUUUAACGCUUGUUGUCAUGAGAAUGCUUUGUUUUGCAAAUGACAGCUCAUUUUCCUGAAAAAGAAAAAUGCUUAAAAAAAAUUUUAAAAAACGAAACAAGUUUCAAACAGUUUUCUUUUUUGGGAAAACCUUGAGAAAUACAGAGAAAAGAAACUUGAUUGUGUCUUCUGGUCAAAAUCAACCAGUGCUCUGCCACAUAGUGAUCAAUAGAUAGUCAACCCUUGCAAAACUUUCAAAAGUUUUUAAAAAUUAUUAUUAUACAAGUGUUUCUGUCAAUACAGUAAGAGUUAGAUGUUGCUGCAUAAGCAAUGACUUAUCCAUCAAGUCACAUGCAAUGAAUACUUUGAAGGUGAUGUCACAGCCUUUUAUGUGGAGAUCACAUGCAUUCUCUAAUUGCAUUUAGAACCAAUGUAAGUUGCCUAAAUGAACCAGGAUAUUUUACAUUUGCAAAAAGUGUUUUACGUGAAGUUCUUAUUUUACCCAGCAGGUAGAGCCACUUUCCUUGCAAAACCCACCCAAAAGCAGCUGUAUGAGCAAAAAGAACUUUAAUAAAAGUCAAAUCUUUCAAUUUCACUGUGUUUUUAGGCUUUGAGGACACAUAGCAAACUUUUUUUUCUGUGAGUAGUUUAGUGCACGAGUUGAGACUGAAAUGGGACUCGAUACCAAGGUGGAAUAUAGUCCAGCAAAAUGGGUCAAAGCCCCAAAACACUCAUUUGAUUGUAUCCCACCUUUGCAAGGACUAUAUGAUUACAGAAGAAAAGAAAGUCAUGUCACGCUCUACGUUUUAGGCUGCUUGAUUUCUUGGUGUUCAGUCUUAACCCAAACUGCUAACUUGUGUUUUAUGAGCUACAACUAUUUCCUUUGUUUUAAACCUAUUCUUAUCCUUAUGAAGAUGCUUUAAGAUCAAGAGACAAUCUUUCUCAUGUACGGUAAUAGUGUCUUUGUUGUGGUUUCUUGUUGUUUACCAGAUAAUUAAAGUAAGAUAUUUUUCAAACUA